AUGGGUAUAAAAAAACAAUGCAGCUAUCGGGAUUACUGGUCUUCUGCUCCAGAUUUACACGACGAUUAUGUAAGUAAUAUUAUGCCAGUGAAUAGGUUUAGUUGGUUGUUAUCACAUUUACAUCUGAACGACAAUUCCGUAAUUCCAAAAAAAGGAGACGCCAACUACGAUAAAUUGUACAAGGUAAGGCCAUUUCUCAAUUUAAUUUUAAAAAAUAGUCUGGCAGUAUACAAUCCAAAUAGAAUAGUAGCUAUAGAUGAGUCAAUGAUAAAAUUUAAAGGCCGUCAUUCAUCAAAACAAUAUAUGCCUAAAAAACCCAUAAAAAGAGGAUAUAAAGUAUGGGCUUUGGCAGACAAGUACGGGUACCUUUGGAAUUUUGAUGUCUAUACAGGAAAGUCUGGUGAUACGGUAGAAAAAAAUUUGGGAGCUCGUGUAGUGAAAAACUUAUCUGCACCAUUUAAAAAUAAAAACUAUUUUCUAUACUUUGACAACUAUUUCACUAGUUAUCCGCUUAUGUCGUACUUGAAAUCAAAUGGGAUUUAUGCUUGUGGAACAGUAAACAUGACAAGAAAAUAUUUACCACAGCUAAAAGAUGACAAGUCCUUAAAACAAGGAGAAUAUGAUUGGAAUACCGAUCAAUUUUCAAUAUCAAUUAUUAAAUGGAAAGAUAAACGAUCAGUUAUCUAA